AUGGCAAACAAUAUCAGCGAAUAUGAUUGCUUUGUCUUCCAUGAUGUCGACCUUAUUCCUCUAGAUGACAGAAUUGCAUACCAUUGCGACGUGUCUCCUAAACACAUGUCCGCAUUCAACACGAAAUACGCGAAGGUGAAUAUUGCCAAGGCUCUUCCUUAUUCCACCUAUGUGGGCGGUGUUAUCAGCUUACGGGGCGUGGAUUAUAAGAAACUGAACGGGUUUAGUAACGCCUACUUCGUGGUGGAGGGAGGAGAUGAUGACAUUGAAAUUAGAGCAAAGGCAGCGAUGAUACCAUUUAAAAGGGAAAACCAGAACAUCGGUCGAUAUACGCCGCCCUUCCCACCAAGAGAUAUUGAUGGCAAUUGGACGGAUUGGUCAACUUGGUCAGCGUGUGCCAUCACAUGUGGGAACACCACGCAAACAAGAAGUAGAGCAUGUACUAACCCUCCAGCUGCCGACAACGGGACGGACUGUGAAGGGACUUCAGAUGAUUACCAGCCAUGCCUUAGAGAACCUUGUCCGGUUGACGGCAACUGGACUGAUUGGUCAAGCUGGUCAGCUUGUUCUGUAACACGUGGAAGCGCAACACAAACUAGAAUAAGAACUUGUAUCAACCCUCCACCUGCACACAAGGGCACAGAGUGUGAAGGUGCAUCGGAGGAUUAUAAGUCCUGCGUACAUAAACCCUGUCGAGGCUGGGGACCAUGGAGUGAAUGGAGUUCAUGUUCGUCAACUAGUGGUGUAGGAAUACAACAUCGAAACAGGUCUUGGUAUUCUUGGCCCAGCUUCACAAGUAUAGAUGAUUUAUGUGAUGGCGAUUAUACAGACGUACAGAUAUGUAUGCCAAGCGCAUUCGAUGGUGGAUGGACCCAGUGGUCAUCAUGGAGCACGUGCUCAGUCACGUGCGGUAUUGGACUUAACCAGCGAACACGUUCUUGCACAAAUCCUAAACCUUCCACAUUUGGUGAUCAUUGUGUAGGACCAAAUAUUGAUGUUGCUAUAUGCAACAAGCAACACUGUCCUAGCCCAGUCCGUUUGAGGGAUGGUCUUCUGGAGAUUUACGUAAAUGGUCAAUGGGGAACCGUGUGUGAUGAUGAGUUUGACUCCAACGAUGCAAAAGUGGCUUGCAGAAUGCUUGGUUUCGACAAUACUCAAACAGCCAGAUUAAGAUCUGAUGUGGUUAGAGGAAACGUGUCAAUGCCGAUCUGGUUGGAUAAUCUUCGUUGUAACGGCUAUGAAGAUUCCUUGCUGGAGUGUUCCCAUAAUGGGGUGGGUUCCCAUAAUUGCAACCACAGUAAAGACGUUGGCUUGGUCUGCUGAGGGCCCAUAUUUGAAUAAGGCUUCAUUAUGAACACUACGACACGUUGACAGAACAGUAGUCAUAUAAAGAUGAAAUUAAACAGUUCGUGAAACGAAACGAUUUACACAUAACACUUGCUUCGAGAUGAAUUCACUUAACCUGUUAAUAUAUUUGUGUAUGUAUAUUUUUUAAUGAAAACAUAUA